AUGUCAGGAGGAACAGCGACAUCUCGUACCAAGCCAUUAAAAAGAUCAACAAGAUCAAAAACUCAGACUUCAUAUUUGGCUAAACCAGAUAUCAAACAAACUGAAUCAAGACAACAUGAUCAAGGUAAAUCUAAUCGUCAAACGAUAAGAAGUGAGAAUGACUCGGCACCCAAGAAGAAGGACUGGAAACCUAGAGAUAAAAAUCAUGAUCAUGGAGAUACUUGGGAAAUCGUAGUUCUGGGCAGUGGUGGUGGACCAUUAGAAACUGAUAUUUCAGGAUAUCUCGUUAAAGCGUCGAACAGUACUUGGGAAGAAGGGUUUCUAGCGCUUGAAGGUGGAUCGGGUUUAGGUUCAUUGGCUUCAAUAUUAGCUUCAACAUCAUCAUCCUCAUUGUUCCCAGGACUAACUUUUCCAGAUAAUUACAAUACCCCUUUACUACAAGCUGCAUAUGUCUUCUCAUUUCUAACAUGUUAUCUCAUAACCCACGCGCAUUUAGAUCAUGUUGGUUCUUUGAUAAUGCUGUCAGGUUCUGUACCUGCUAGAUCAAUAGAGCAUACACAACCACCACAUACAUCACCAACAAGAUCAUCACGGAUACAGGGUCCUGUUUCAGACACAAACGCAAAUGUACGUGAAAGUACAAGUGGAUCAUCAACGCCAAAACAACCUAGACCUCAUGUGUAUGGUACAAGGACGACUUUGGAGCAGUUAAGUCAAGCUUAUCAAGGUGGUCUGUGGCCAGAAUUAGGUUCUUGGGCUCCAGAUAGGGAUGGUCAGGAAAAGCAGAUCCAAAAAGAGGAUGGAGGAAGCAAACGUAGAAAAGUAAAUAAUAAAUCUAGUAGUAACGGUGUAAAAGGUAGAUCGGGUAGCGGGAAAGACGAAAAGAUGGAUCCAAGUGACGAGAAUGAUUAUUCAUGUUUGCUGUUCUCACCACUAAGUACAGAAUGCGUACAUUCACCAUUACAUUCAACCCUUCCCAUUUCGUUGUUGACAUAUCCAGUGGUUCAUGGAUGUACAUCGCGGCAUACAUAUGAAUCAUCAGCAAUGUUUAUUCGAUAUGAUCCGACAGCAAUAUCCAAAACGCCUCCUUCUUCAUCGCGUAAAGCAAAUCAAUCUGGUGCAAACAACGCGAAUGGUAACGGCGCUUCACCUUCAGCUGCCUCUCCUGCUUCAUCAUCAUCUUCAUCUAAUGCAGGAAGGGAAUUCUUGUUUUUCGGCGAUGUGGAAUCUUCUUACAGGAGAAAAGGAGAGGAACAAGUUGAUAUUAAAAGAGGGAAGGAAGCUGAGAAACUUAACGAGGUCGUAUGGAAAGAAGCUGCCAAAAGUUGGAAGGAUGGCAGAUUGUGUGGUAUCUUUUUGGAAUGCUCUUAUGACUCGUCAAGACCUGCACAUUUGAUGUUUGGUCACCUCAACCCACCUGCACUAUAUCACGAAAUGAAAACCUUGGCUGGAUUAGUAUCACAAACGGAAGAGCGACCACUGAACGGACUCAAGAUUUUUAUAAUACAUAUCAAGGAUGCACUGGUACCUCAUCCGACAGGCAGAACAGCGAGGGAGAUUAUAAUGUCCGAAUUGAAUGAACUGGAAUCGCAAGGUGAUUUAGGAGUCAAGUUCGUGGAAACCAAAAGGGGAGAUAGAAUUGCCAUAUAA